CGGUCGCGGGGCGCGCGCGGCUCCCGGUGGCUGGGAGGGUGUCCCGGUGGCGGCGGGGGGUGUCCCGGCGGCGGCGGGGGGUGUCCCGGCCGCGCCCGCCCGUGCCCCGGCCCAUGUCCCGGCCCCCGGCGCCGCCCGGCUCCCCGCGCCGCUUCGGGGCGCUCAGCACCGCGCAGCUCCGCGCUCUGCUGCAGGACGAGCCCCGGCUGCAGCGCGCCGCCCGCCUCAGCAGGAAGUUUCAGAGCCUACAGCUGGAACGAGAGAUGUGUUUGGCUUCAAACUGCACCCUGGCCAGGGUGAACCUGUCCCUGCGCCCACGGCUGGAAGAUGGAAAGGCAUCCCUAGCCAUCAAGUAUCAGGAGCUACAGGAGAUGCAAGAGGCAUGUUGGGACAAGCAGCAGCGCCUUGAGGCGUACCUGGAGAAGUGGAGCCCACAGAGCGCGCUGGGCCAGCUCCAAGCCAAGCUCGAUGCCUCCGAGGCAGAGUCAGAGGCACAGAUCAAGCAGUUCCUGGCCCAGGACCUGCCCCUUGAUUCCUUUCUGGAGUCCUUCUGCCAGAGCCGCACACGCUCCCACAUCUGCCGGACGCAGCUGGAGAAACUGCAGGAGCUGCUACAGAAGGACCAGGUGGGCAGGAAGCCUGCGGGCCCCAUGGGGUACCCAGGUGCCCUGGCUAGCCUGGCACCAGCCCGCCUUCCCCCAUUGCGCAGUGGAGUAGCCCCCAAAGCCUUUGAUCUUUCCUAUGGCUUUGUGCCCGCCUUUCUGAUCCCCUCGGAGGCCAUUGUUCCAUUCGCCGUGCCGGCUGUGCCUCCCAGACACCGCCUCCCAGCCCUGGGACACCAGCAAGUAUCUCCCUGCUCCGAAAUCUCCAGCCCAAGCUCACCCCCGCACCUCGUUGGACACGUCUCCCUGCUCAGCCCUCAGCCCUUCCGCAGGCAGCAGCAGCCGCAACACCAGAAGCAGGAGCCCCCACACCGGUAGCAGGGCAGGAAUGGGGAUGUCCCCCCUCUGGCCCUGUGCCUCUGCGGGGGCUGCACAGAGACACCCCGGCAGGGGAGCACGCGGGGGUGGGUGCGGGCACAGCUCCGAGGCACUGCGGUGCCUGUCGAGCAGGGUGGCGGUGCUCGCAGGGGGAUGGAGGCGCUUAGCUGGGGGCGGGAGGGGGCAGGUGCCACGGCUGGGGAGGGGUCCUGUACUUGGGGAGCUGCAUCCACAGCAAGAGGAGCAGUGACAGGAGGUGGGGGUAGGUGGUUUGUAGGGAUGUCAGUGGGCUCAGUCAGGUGGGAGAUAGCAGGGAAGAGGGUCCAGGAGCACUGGGCACCAUGUGCUUUCUAAAUAAAGGCUCUUUUCCAUCCUGUGUGUUACCCCUUGGCUCUGGCUAUGAACAGAGGCAGGGAAGAAGCAGUUGCGGGGGGGGACACUUGCCAGGCUUGGAAUUGAGUGGCAGUCCAGGGUUCUUCAGCCUGGGGAGCCCCCAGUACCUGAACUUGGCUCAGCCCAUCAACACCCUGGGGAAGGGGGCUGAGCCUGCCCAAGUGGGGCAGAGAGCCCAGCAAGGCAAGUUUUCCUUCAGGCUGGUGCCAGGGACCACCGGCAGCAGUUUGGCCCCACACAUGGUGAAGACUUCCGGUAAACAGAGAUGCCUUGUGCCAGCAAUCAAGUCUUUGUCCCCAUGAGGGUUAUACCCCCCAGCCAGCUGGUCUCACUCAUGGCAGUGACUUUUUAGUACCUAUUUAUGCAUCCACCCUCAUUCACUAGCCCUGACUUCAGCCACCACAGGACAAGGCGGCAGGAGGCCUGAGUUGAUCUUCUUUCAUCCCAGGCUCUUCUAUUGUUUUCCUUGAUUUCACACGAUGGGUGAUGAGACAGGGCUGGGGGGAAGCCCUGGUUCCUCCAGCUGCAGCCCCUGGGGUACUUGUUCCCUGGUCCGGGUUGUCUCCUGUGCUGUUUAUAGCUUUAGAUUUGGUUUCAGGCUCUUCCUGUGCUUUCUGUCCUUGUCUAAUUGUGGUGGGUUUUAAUUCUUUCCCUGCAGCUUGGCACUGUUACGUAGACUAUUUAAAAAUAAUCUCAAAGUGUCCAGGGGCUCUGGUUCUGGCUACAAAGCACCCCAAAAUAUGGACCAUUGGCUGGCAGUGUCUGAUCACCCUCUCUAACACUAAGGGUACCCCAUACUUACUCCAGACUCCAGCCCUCACACAUGGGACUGGGGCUAGUCAUCCAGUACAAUCAGUUAAAAUGGGUUUAAGACUAGGAUAAAUUGGGGACCAGACACUGUGGUUUUAUCAACAGGCAAGGAGACAGUAGGCACUGAAAUAU